AUGCAUGAUGUGAUAAAGAAGGUAAAGAAGAAGGGAGAGUGGAAGGUGCUGGUGGUGGAUCAGCUGAGCAUGAGGAUGCUUUCCUCCUGCUGUAAGAUGACAGACAUCAUGACCGAGGGGAUAACAAUUGUGGAAGACAUCAACAAGCGCCGAGAGCCGCUCCCCAGCCUGGAAGCUGUGUAUCUCAUCACUCCCUCUGAGAAGUCUGUCCACUCUCUCAUCAGUGACUUUAAGGACCCACCAACUGCCAAGUACCGGGCUGCGCACGUCUUCUUCACUGAUUCUUGUCCAGACGCCCUGUUUAACGAGCUGGUAAAAUCUCGAGCAGCCAAAGUCAUCAGAACUCUGACGGAAAUCAACAUUGCAUUUCUCCCAUAUGAAUCCCAGGUGUAUUCCUUGGACUCUGCUGACUCUUUCCAAAGCUUCUACAGUCCCCACAAGGCUCAGAUGAAGAAUCCGAUCCUGGAGCGCCUGGCGGAGCAGAUCGCAACUCUGUGCGCCACCCUGAAGGAGUACCCGGCCGUGCGGUAUCGGGGGGAAUACAAGGACAAUGCUUUGCUGGCUCAGCUAAUCCAGGACAAGCUCGACGCAUACAAAGCCGAUGACCCGACAAUGGGGGAGGGCCCAGACAAGGCACGCUCCCAGCUCCUGAUCCUGGACCGCGGUUUCGACCCCAGUUCCCCCGUCCUUCAUGAACUGACUUUUCAGGCUAUGAGUUACGACCUGCUGCCUAUUGAAAAUGAUGUAUACAAGUAUGAGACGAGCGGCAUCGGAGAGGCGAGGGUGAAGGAAGUGCUCCUGGACGAGGAUGACGACCUCUGGAUAGCGCUGCGCCACAAGCACAUCGCGGAGGUGUCCCAGGAAGUCACCCGUUCUCUGAAGGAUUUUUCUUCCAGCAAGAGAAUGAAUACUGGAGAGAAGACCACCAUGCGGGACCUGUCCCAGAUGCUGAAGAAAAUGCCCCAGUACCAGAAAGAGCUCAGCAAGUACUCGACCCACCUGCACCUUGCCGAGGACUGCAUGAAGCAUUACCAAGGCACCGUGGACAAACUCUGCCGGGUGGAACAGGACCUGGCGAUGGGCACGGAUGCUGAAGGGGAGAAGAUCAAGGACCCCAUGAGAGCCAUCGUCCCCAUUCUGCUGGACGCGAACGUCAGCACUUACGACAAAAUCCGCAUCAUCCUUCUCUACAUCUUUUUGAAGAAUGGCAUCACCGAGGAAAACCUGAACAAGCUGAUCCAGCACGCCCAGAUCCCCCCGGAGGACAGUGAGAUCAUCACCAACAUGGCCCACCUCGGGGUGCCCAUCGUCGCGGAUUCCACGCUGCGUCGCAGGAGCAAACCGGAGCGGAAGGAGCGCAUCAGCGAGCAGACCUACCAGCUCUCACGAUGGACCCCGAUCGUCAAAGACAUCAUGGAGGACACCAUUGAAGACAGACUUGACACCAAGCACUACCCGUACAUCUCCACCCGCUCCUCUGCCUCCUUCAGCACCACCGCGGUCAGCGCCCGCUAUGGACACUGGCAUAAGAAUAAGGCCCCAGGGGAGUACCGCAGUGGUCCUCGCCUCAUCAUCUUCAUCCUGGGGGGCGUGAGCCUGAAUGAGAUGCGUUGUGCUUACGAGGUGACCCAAGCCAACGGAAAGUGGGAAGUGCUCAUAGGAGCUUCUCCAAUUUCUCGGCUGGAAGAGGAAGAGUGAGCUGAGAAAAAUCUUGCUUUCUCCAGAUGCCUUCCUUUUGUCCCAUCUUGCCCUUAACAAAAUGGAGUUGCACCUGCCCGGAGUACCUCUUAACAUUGAUUGGCAAGAGGUGAUCACCUACUGCCCUGGCUGGGCCCUGCCCUUGCCCUGAUCUCAAUAAGAUGUUUCAAUUUUAUACCUCCACUUUGGGGGGACCAAGGCGCAAUGCCCCCCAAGCUCUCAGAGUGAGCAGGUUCUGCAGACCAGUC